AUCUGCUGUGUGGAUCAAAAAAGGGUGCUGGCUAAGGAAUCGUGGGUGAUCUUUAACGUGGCCCAAGAUUUACUUCGAAUAGCCUAGGCGCGCCAACCACAGGUUGCCAUUAAGACAAGAAACAACGAAUCGCACCAUAGUCACGCAGUUCACCUAGGGCCUUGGCUGUCGAUUGUCAACGGCUUCGGUUUACGAUUCACACGAUAUCUGGACGGGUUGCCCUUGUGCCCCGAUCCAUAUAAUGGGAAGUAUCGUGAUUGUUGAUACUGGAGUAACUACUAAGUGACUGUCUUGGAUUCCAGAGUUGGCCCCGUGGCGGUGCAUGUUUCCUGUCGAAACGUCAAGCGUCCCAGAUGUUGUAUGCUUUUUCAAGACAGCCUCUCAGGGCAUGCCUUCGACCCUCAACAUGUUGACAAUGUCCCAGCUAUGUCGCGAUAGCCCUGACCAAGCAAAGUGCUCACGGCAGCUGUGAUUAAUCAUGGCCUGCUUGAAAGUUCAGAUGGAAAAUAUUGACAAGCAAGGAAAAUGUUACGAAACGACCACAAGCUCCCCAAGGAUAAGAAAUAACCAUAAUGCUAAAGUAAUACCUUAUAACAGCUGGCUACAUGCCGACCUAGGAGUUUGACUUUUUGAGGCCAAGCGCCGAUUUCACCGACCAAAGGAAGAAAACAUGAAGUUGUUGUGUAGACUCUGUUUUACGGUGGCCACAGCAUCUCUGCAAUUUAGCUAUGGAUCUACCGCAGAGGUUCGCGCCAUCGCAGCAGGAAUGCAGGAAACAUCAGUGUUAUUAUCGAGAUUAAGCCUCCAUGUUCAGUCGCCACGUCCGCGACUAGUCACCCUACGCGAAGGGGCUUCAGUCUCUCCACCAGUUAUCGUGAGGGGGCAUGAGUCGGCAUCAUUUAUCCCGAUGGAUACGCAUUCCUACAUUGUCGAGGUGAACGAUACGGCGGAUGAUAUGCUGGCAACCAUCCAAUUCGCUUCUCAAGCGAGAGAAUCGAGUGGAACGACAAUGCAUGUGGCAAGAAGAACCAGCGACGGAAAUGGCUGGAUUCUGGACAUGACACAGAUAGGGAAACUGAGACUGAUGGGAUCUCUGGCGGGGGAGUAUCUCUUGGUCGAAAGAAGAGAACUAGACCAAAACAAGGAGGAAGCAGAGCUGCGAAGAAGACGAGAAGAGAAAGUGUUUACGGAACGGGCGCAGAUAAGCGACCAAUGUGCAGCCUGGCUCCGGUACUGCGCAGCCACGACGAGCGACCCUAGACAACAAACUCCACCAGCUCGGCCCCCGGCACCGAUGCUUGGACCUCCACAGACGGGUCCCCCGGGACUUGGACCUGUACCUGAGUCGCCCCCGAAUAGCAACAGUGGAAAUGGAUUGGGCCCACCAGCGACUGACAGGCCAUCGUCGCCUUCCCCGGCGAUGCAAAAUAUAGGUGGUCCUUUCCAAACUGCACCGUCGAGUGCGAUUAGACAAGGGGGAUUUCAGGGGAAGUGGACAUUGGUCGUCGUAUGGUUAUUGGGUGUUUUGGUCUAACUACCAGGUACCCAAGUACCUUAUUGAACUUUGUAACGAGUGAGUUUUGCUGGCUGAUACCCCUCGAUGAACCCGCGACUAUUUGUCAUUUGUUAUCUACCUUAUUCUGUAUUCUCUCUGUCAUAUGUUCUUGAGUGAUUUGGGUGGGUGGGUAUGUAUGUAACCGCCGGCUACAAAUCUAAUUCCAAAUCCGACUCCAAC